GGCGAAGUUUGGGAGAGUAUAAAUAUAGGUGCAUUUCUGGAUAAGGACGUAUUCUCAAGUUACCAGAACAAGUGGAAUUGCAAAGAGUCGCUUUUCAAGAAACGAGUGCACUUUCAACAGAACAAAAAGAGUACCACAAGUUAAAGCAGAUAUGAAGACGCUGAUCAUUUUGACGACAAUGCUGGCUUCCGCUUUAGGGAAUGAUUUAGACGACAAUGGUUUCAUUGGCGGUCCAUUCAUCGGAGGGAUCGGCGGCAUCAGCGAUGGUAUCGAUCACUUUGGCAUGAAUGGCAUUGACGAUUUCGGUAAUGGUGGCUUCAUAGGGGGUGGCAUUGGAAGCAUCGGUGCAGGUAUAGGCCAUGGAGGCAUACGGGGAGGACAUGGAGGUGUAAUCGGUGGGGGCAGAGUAAUUGGCAGCGGCAUUGCGGGAGUAGGACGAUUUAGGGACAUCGGAGGAGGCUUUGAUGACUUCGGCGGCAUUGGAGGAGGCCGUGGUCUCAUUGGAGGUGGAUUCGAUGAUAGUGCCGGCCUUAUAGGAGGAAUCGGGGGCGUUGCGGGAGGUCACGGAGCUGGUAUCAUCGGAGGAGGAAUCGGGGGUGUUGCGGGAGGUCACGGAGCUGGUAUCAUUGGAGGAGGAAUCGGGGGUGUUGCGGGAAGACACGGAGCUGGUAUCAUUGGAGGAGGAAUCGGGGGCGUUGCGGGAGGUCACGGAGCUGGUAUCAUUGGAGGAGGAUUCGGGGGCGUUGCGGGAGGUCACGGAGCUGGUAUCAUUGGUGGAGGAAUCGGGGGCGUUGCGGGAGGUCACGGAUCUGGUGCCAUUGGAAGAGGAAUUAUAGGCGGUGGACAGAUGGGGCCAUAUUAUGAUGGCUAUGACAGACGGGAUGGCUUCAACGGAGGAUUUAAUACCGGAUCGGGUGGAGUAAUCGGUGGAGGAGUACGUGGAUUUGGAGUCGGGGGCAUGGGUAGGGGCUUUGGUGAUAUGAGCAGGGGCUUUGAUGAUAUGAGCAGGGGCUUCAGCAAAGGACACAGCAAAGGAUACAGCAAAGGUUACAGCAAGGGAAGCAGGCCUGUAAUUAGACAACGAGUUCUUCCCCGAGUACAGCCAAGGAUUAAUUAUCAGCCACGGAUCCGCAUGCCGUCAUUCAACAGAGGAAUUGCCGGAAUAGGAAGGAUGCCAUACUCCAAGGGAUUUCCGUAUCAGUCCAGAUCUCUCGGGGUCACUGGUUUCCGUCGCCCCAUUAAAGGUAUGGGAGGUAUCGGGAUGGGAAGUUUGGGAGUCCCAAGGUACCCCCAGAGGACCAGGAUGAUGAGCAGACCCAGUAACAAAGGCUACAGCAAGGGCCAUUAUUCAAAGGGAUACUCCAAGGGUAGAAGCUAUUAGACAAUGUAAACGUUGUCCUGCCCGAGGCGAAGAAGACGUCAGCAGCAGGCGACCUUCGGGGUCACGAUGACAAUAAUGGACCUAGUGUAUACCAAUUAUGACUGGUCACCUCCAGGGUUCAAAGGACAGAACAUAGGUGUUUGAGCAAUGACACUUUGAUGUAUGGAAUAUCAACACAAAUGGCUCUAAGUCAGUUUCGCAUACAGGUGUAUUUGAAACUGUGCCUAUAUGUUUAAUCAUAUUCCUAUUGUCUCUUCAAAGGAAUUGUGUGAUUGAAAAACCAAUGUGAAAACAUUGACUGCUAAAUGUGCGAAAAGUGAAGCAUUUGGAUUAUUAGUUUUUGAGAUUGCAUUAUAUGAUAUAUUAACAUUUUCAAAAGUAUUUUAUAUCUUUAUAUCUGUUUAAAAUGUAUUUAAUUUAUGUACAUAUAUACGCAUCUUAUCAAUAAAGGCCUAUCAUAUAAUACAAGCAA